UCUGAUGACCUGGCGGACCUGAGAGGUCGCGCGCUCCCGCUCUCGCCCUGGACCCUUUUGCACAGCAAACCCCCCCGAAUCGGGGCCCCCGGACCCCAGGACUCAGGAGGACCCCUUCUUCCCGGAGCAGACUCUAGGUCCAAUCAGCCAUUUCCCCUUGGAUUCCUCUGCAGGACUCAACCAGGACUUUCCAAAGGUGGCGGCAGGGCCUUCCGAUCCCCUCGUCCGUCUCCCAAGUCUGGCCAGGCUGAUGGGGCCAGCGAAGAUUCUGUGCACCUUGACGUUCAGAAACUAAAGGAGAAAAGGGACGUGUUGGACAAGGAGCUCUCCCAAUUAACAUCUGAAGGCUACAGUGUAGAUGAACUGGAGGACCACAUCUCCCAGCUCCAUGAGUACAACGACAUCAAGGAUGUAGGCCAGAUGCUGCUGGGCAAACUCGCCGUGAUCCGAGGUGUCACCACCAAAGAGUUAUAUCCAGAGUUCGGCCUGGACAUGAAUGACUGAGCAGAGGCUUACAGCCCCUUGUCGACGGCCCACCGGGACGGACGGAUGUGGACAUGAGAAGCAGCGAGAGCCCAACCCACAGUGCCCCUACAGGCUUCCCAGCUAGAAAGUGUCAGAAACCCCUUUCUAGGGAUCCCAAGCUGAGUCAGGAGGGAGCCCAACGAAGAGGGGGACAGGGAGGCAGGUGUGUUCCCCUCCCUGAGGUUCCUAAGAUGUCCCAGUGAUACCUGUCUAUGUAGCCUAUUUGUAAAUAAACAUGAAAGAUCUUGGUGUGAAUUUGUACGCUGA